AUGCCAUGGGCUCGAUCGACCAGCAACUUCAGUGACUUCGCUCUAUUCAUUGACAGUAUGAGCACACCAUAUGGAAAUAAUCCAUCUAUGAUCUGCUUUGAUCAACCUAUUUUAAACUUGUCACCCACUCCUCUCUUCGGUGCCCUUAAUUCUCAACCUUCUCAGGCUCAAUGGCAAGAUCCUGCUGCGGUUUCAUCUGACCCGGUCAUGGUACGGACAUCGGAAUCCCAUCUAUUUGACGAAUUCACAUCCACAUUUCCUUCGUUUAAACCGUCACAGUCUGCAAAGUCCACCAGACAGGAACCCUGGAAAUUUACGCAGCAAGACUGGAAUCACUUCUGGGCCGAAAUCCAGGUGUUCAUGCCGGUUCUGCCCCCAGGUUUCUUCCUCCCGUCCCGUCACACCAUGACUCGUUACGUCGCAACGUACUUCUCUGGGUUCCACCGUCAUUUGCCAUUUUUACACCUUCCAACAUUCUCACCUACAAAGUGUCCAGUCGACUUGUUAUUAGCUAUGGCUAGCAUCGGAGCGCAGUCCGCCUUUGAUCACAACAACGCAGUCAUGUUCUUCAAGGCUUCCUUUGGUAUAGUCCAGGAGCGCCUUCGAUACCGCAAAGCUGAGCGAUGUGAAAGGGCAUUUCCCACGGAAGAUAGGUUGUCGACCGAAUCACAACCAAAUGAAUUCCCGCCGGAACGAUCUCAUAUUCAAGAGUUGCAAGCGGGUUUGACUGUGAAUCAAAAUCGCAAUGAUCGGUUCGACAUGGUGCCUCUUGCGCAGACAUUGCUCGUGCUCAUGGCAAUGGCAACUUGGGGGAAUUCAAAGGCUAUCUUCAACGAAGCUGUUGGGCUUCGGAAUAGUCUUGCUUGUUAUAUACGGGAGGAAAGGCUUUUGGACCCACAGGCACCAGAAGAUACGACCUGGCAUUUAUGGAUCCAAGCAGAAGGUUUCAAAAGGACCAUUGCCAUCAUUUUCUGCUUUUUCAUCUUCCACACAAUUGUCUAUGAUACGCCCCCUCCGAUUCUAAAUUCAGAACUCAAAAUUCAUCUACCCUCGCGGGAAAAAGAUUGGGAGACCCAAAGCGAGAUUGAGUGGCAGAAAGCUCGGCAAGAGUCUGAACCUGAACCACACUUCCAGUCUUCUUUCUCGCUUCUUUUUUCAAAGCAAGGCGAUGAAGAUCCUGAGGAAUGUUCCUCAUUAGGCGGGUACAUUCUGAUACUGGCAUUGAUCCAGCACAUCUAUUUCCUGCGAGAGACUAGCAAAUACAACUUUGGUUCAGAUCGAAGCCUAUCUCCCACAGAUGUGACCAACGUGGAGCAAGCACUGAGAAAUUGGCAGAGUAAAUGGUAUCGGGAUCCAGAAUCAUUCCUGGGCCCAGGAAGUCCACAGGGUCCAAUUUCCUUCAACUCGACUGCCCUGCUUCGAAUGGCCUAUAUACGACUAAACGUGGACGUAGGUCCGUGGCGUGCUCUUGACACUCACAAUCCUCGCGAAAUCGCGACUUCUAUAUACCGAAGCCCGCACUUGACGUCCAACCAUAGGCUUACGCGUGCAGUACUCUACUCUGCACAUGCAUUGAGCAUUCCGAUCAAAAUUGGAGUUAAUAUUGUGGCACGCAACCAAGCCUUUGCUUGGUCCCUCCAACACUCACUCUGUGCACUGGAGUGUGCUUUUGUGAUCAGCAAAUGGCUGAUUGAUGUACAACCUCGUGCCUCUGGAGCAGCUCUCAACGAAGAUGAAGCUAGACUCCUUGUCUACAUAACUGACAUGGUCACGGAAGCAGAUGCUGGGGGCGGUGGCGGUCCGUAUGGUUCUGAUCUAUGUACCCGAGUUAUCAAAAUUUGGGCGAAGCUUUUAAGCGGCGAUGCUGUUUGGGACGUGGUACGAAUGAUUGGAAAGGCUUUGGACGCCUAUGGCCAGAUUCUAGAGCAAGGGCCUGCAAUGCCAUGUCGCGAAGGAUUCGACCCCGCGCGAAUGCCUACUUGA